CUUAAUUCUUAUUUCACCCUUUUAACAUAUGUAGACUUGUCUCUCAUUUUAAGAGUCAACUUACUGCAAAUAUUGCUUCAUUUUCAAUUUUUCAACACAAGGAAAGAAGAAGAAGCAUCUACCAUCUGCAAGGUGAAUCGAAUCCUUCCUAACAAGGUGAAAGUUCAUUCUCGUAGAGAUGGCGGCUACUUACGCUGCACUAACUUCUGUGUUGGGAACCAUAGACAAGCUUUUACGUUCCAACUUAUUAGUAGGCGUAGAAGAGGUUCAUAAGCAACAACUGGAAUCACUCGAUGAGAUGUUUGGCACUCUGCAAGUGUCUCUAAUUGGCAAAUGUGAUGGCGAAGAACCAAUUAUUAGCAAGGAUUUGCAAGGAAUAAUCAAAGAUGUUGCAGUUGAUGCAGAAGAUGAAGUUGAAUCACUAAUGAAACAACUUAUUGUUGGGCUGAAUGAUGAUGAUGAUAAAUGUUGUCGUGCGAAGUUUGAUAAGGUCUCUCAACAUGUUAUACAAGUAACUCAUUCUGUCAAUGAAGAGCUGAUCAUAAACAAUAUUAAUUGUCAAGAAAAAGCUGAUGAAAAUAGUGACGUUUCUCCACGAUUAGAUGAUUCAAUCCGUGAGAACGUUAUGGAAGGGUACAAUGAAGAAAGAGAAAAUAUGGUUGAAAGACUUACCAAAAGCUCAGGAGCAAAUAAACUGCAAGUGGUUUCUGUUGUAGGGAUGGCGGGCAUAGGUAUUUGGACUUGGAGUAAAAGCAUGGACACAAUUAAACAAAAAGAAGCAAGAUAACUGAAAGAACGAAGAAAAGAAGGCCUCAGGAUCGCCUAAUCCAUUAGACGAGUAGUCAAAUGACCUUAUUCUUGCCUAAUGCUCCAGUAUGCUGAGCCCUCAAGGAAAGGAUCAAGUCGGCGGUGAAAAGAAGCAGUCGGCGUUUCGCCAAGCAGUUCCGUGAAGCAGUACUAUAUCGCCCGAUCCAGAAAGCGAAGAUGCUGAAGGAUAAAGCAAGAUGGCGAUGGAAUAUACCAAAGGGAGGAUCGCCGAGUUAAUCAGUGAUCCCGACUAACUGCGCCGAGUGAUA